AUGGCGACGGCUAAUGUACUCCCCGCCGACGCGGUAGCUCCAAGACUCGACUACUUAUUGCGUCGUGCCCGUGUUGUCAAACAGAGUACCGCUAUCGAUCCUCCACUCCAGGUUUCCGAUCUUGUACCGGAAAGCGAACCUCUUCUCGGUGAGAUCGAAGGAGGAAAGGAAGUGCGGACGCUUGCGGUGGAAAGUGCAGCGAAGAGUGUCUUCUAUGCCAAUCUUGGUUCCACUCGGAUUGAGGAGCCGGCCUUCGUAACCGUAUGGAAUUUACUCGAUAUCCUGCAGUAUUGUGGAGAUAGAGACCUUUGCUCUCCGCAGCUCGUACUGUUGCUCAUCGAAGAAUUGCUUGACAGCCAGUCGAUCUCGGGAUGUCGCGUGGUAUUCAACUUUCUCGAGUCGCGCAGAGAAACUAUCAUCGCCAUCAACUCUAAGAAUAAGGACCUUGUUAUCCUACGAUUAUGCAACGAGCUGCUCCGCCGGCUGUCUCGAGCAGAAGACCCAGUCUUCUGUGGCCGUGUUUACAUAUUCAUGUUCCAGAGCUUUCCCUUGGGUGAUAAGAGUUCAGUAAAUUUGCGCGGAAAUUUCCACGUCGAGAAUGUGACGACAUUCGAGGACUUUUUGAAGGAAUCGAAAACGGACGAGGAUUCUAUGCAAAUCGAUGCUGGCGGAUCCGUUCCUACCCCCAAAGAAGAGUCGACAUCAGGGACACCAGUCAUUCAAGCUGAAGAUUCCGAAAAGAGCAAGGACGCAAAACCUACCACUCUUGACACUGAGACCCUCUACCCUGUAUUCUGGUCUCUGCAGCACUCCUUCUCGAACCCACCAAGGCUUUUCGAAGAAGACAAUUUCAAACAAUUUCAGAAGAGCUUGGAGGCGACGCUAGCCAAGUUCAGGGAGGUGCCAAAAGUCAUACAGGCCGGAGAUUCAGAGCGGAAGAAGGGACAAAAAUCGCGAGAAGGUGACGCCUACGAUGCAUUCGCCAACUCCUUUAAUCCAAAGUACCUCACAAGCCGUGAUCUCUUCAAGCUCGAGCUGAGUGAUCUCGCCUUCCAACGUCACAUCCUUGUCCAAGCACUGAUACUUAUCGACUUUCUGUUGACCCUAACCGAGGGGUCGAAAAGCAAGCCAUUCUACCAAAAUGCGCAGAAAGCGAUGCAGUACAGCUUCACACUCCGCGAGGAAGACACCGAGUGGGCAUUGGGCAUCAAGACUGCCAUUGCAAAUUACCUGCAGGAAGGCCCAGAUGGCAAAUUCUACUACCGGAUGGUGGAUACCGUGCUUUCGCGCGACAAAAACUGGGUGCGAUGGAAGAUGGAGAACUGCCAGCCAUUCACUCGAGACAGAGUGCCCCCAGCAGAUUUUCAACAAGCCAAGUCUGGGGCACAGAAAGCUGUCGUUGGUAAGAAAGCCUCGAAACCCAUGGGCGUUCCCAGUACCUUGAACUUCCUCUACAACAACGAAGCGGAUAAGGGGCUCUCUCAGCUACGACAACGUGACAGGUUCAAUGUGCCAAAUGCAGAGUCAUAUGCAAAGAAGGUCAAGAUGACCGACUUAGAUCUGGAAAUGACUGACGCAGAGGAGGAGAAGCGGCAAGCGGGGGAGAAGAAAUCUAGCUACGUCUGGCGAGGCCUUCGCCUGGCUUCGAAGACGCAGCUAAGCUGCUUCGAUAGGAUCGAGCAUGGCAAAGGGCUGGAGGCUCUUCAGCCGGCCACCUCUUCCAUUGAGGCGACGGGCGUUGACGCUGCACCCACUACUUCGGAUGACCAGGGGGUAAUUCCGCAGGACGAGCAUCAGAGCGUCGAGGAGCAGCGGCCCGACCAGCGUAGUCAAGUGACUGCGGAACCAGCGGCGUAG